AGGCACUUCUGUAUCCUGUGCAAGUCCUGUCCUCUGCAAGCACUUCUGCCCCUCCGAGUGGCUGCAACCUGCUUCACAGCUUCACAAGGUGCUAGCAGGACUGGAGCAGAGCACAUUAAUAGUUUUGCAGCUCAGCCCUGAAGCUCAGCCCAGGAAGCUGCCCUGCUGAAGUUCAUAUCUUUCACAGGGUAGGCAUGAGCACUACAGAAGAGGAAAUAGACAUUUAAACCCAAACAGGCUCGGCUGGAAGAAAACAUUGAUUUUCAAGGCAGCUAUGAAUUAAGAAAAUACAAAAGAAAUUUGAAUGCUGCUUAAGAAGGGAAGGCCUGGGAGAAACAAAUACUGAGGAAGAGCAGCCAGAGAAUCCAGCAUGACAGAAGCAUUCACAGAAACAACAGCUGAGUACAUUUACGACGAACAUGCUUUUUCCUGCAAUAAGACCGACAUCCAAGAAUUUGGGAAAAUUUUUUUGCCAAUAUUUUAUAUUGCAGUCUUUGCUCUUGGCCUCACAGGGAACAUAAUGGUGGUUUUUGCCAUUGUGAAAGAAGGCAGUAAAAAAAGUAUCACUGACAUCUAUCUCCUGAACUUGGCUAUCUCGGACCUACUCUUUGUGAUCUCCCUCCCCUUCUGGGCUUCCAACACGGUGCGUGGAUGGACCCUCGGGACUGUUCCAUGCACAGCUGUUUCCUCCCUGUAUUACAUUGGUUUCUUUGGGGGCAUGUUCUUUAUCACUGUUAUCAGUAUCGACAGAUACUUGGCCAUUGUCCGGGCAACAUAUUCUAUGAAAUCCCGAACAGCAAAACAUGGCUGUCUUAUAACCUGUGGAGUAUGGACAAUAGCUGUUUUAGUUUCAGUGCCACAUUUUGUAUUCUCCCAGCUGGUAGAAAGCGACUGCAUUUCUGUCUUCCCCCAGAGGCUGGAGAACGUCUGGCCAGUGUUCUGCAAUAUGGAGCUGAACGCCAUCGGCUUUGUCAUCCCAGUCUGUAUCAUAUGCUAUUGCUACUGUGGGAUCAUCAAAACCCUGCUGUCCUGCAAAAAUCAGAAAAAAUCACGAGCCAUAAAACUGAUCUUGGUUGUGGUGGUCGUGUUUUUUCUGUUUUGGUCCCCCUACAAUGUACUGAUUUUUCUGGAGACAUUAAAGCACUAUGGUUUACUCACAAGUUGCAACCAAAUUAAGUCACUGGACUACGCAAUGCACCUGACCGAAACCAUUGCAUUCAGUCACUGUUGUCUCAACCCUCUUAUUUAUGCCUUUGCUGGGGAAAAAUUCAGGAAAUACCUUUAUCGUGUCUGCUUAAAGUACUGUCCAUUCCUGUGUUUCUGUGGCCCCUGCAGUCGCUACCAGGUCACCCAUUCAGCUAGCUAUGCAGAAAGCAUCGUGAACAGCAACAUAACCCUGAACACCAGCGACCAGGAUGGCUCUGUCUUUGUCUAGAAGGCUCUGUGAAGAAGAAAUGCAUGUAAAUGUGUCUUCUGCAGGGCUAGUCACCACUGAGAAAUUGCCAUGACUCAUAUGAAAAGACUUAAAGGUGCACUGAAUUACUGACAUGCCUCUUGUUAAGCAUUAAAUACCCUGAAACAGUAUAGAUUUUAAAAACAAAAGCAGUACAAUAUGUCAAGGCUAAAAAUGGAAUUGAAUCAAGAGAGAGGACGAGAGAAAGUAGAAAAAAGGCAGUGUUCUGUGCCUAGAACAGGAGAUGGAGAAGAAUUUAAGGAUAGGGAAGCUGUUUUAACAGUUUCGUCAUCGAAACUUGAGCAUGUGUUGGUCUAUGCACAUGUGAUACAAAUAUACAUAGACCUAAAGUAAUUUUUAAGGGAAAGAUCUCCUUAAUGAAUGACUGAAUUAAUGAACAGGUGAUUGUUAGCAAAGUUACUGUAUUUUUUUAUAGUAAAGGGUUAUAGUUUUGAUGCUAUAUGUCCAUAUGCAAAUGAUUAUUACUUGUGCUUUCGUACCUAAUAAAAAGCUACUGUUAAA